AUGGUCAAAACCUCCGUCCUCAACGAUGCGCUGAAAAGCAUUAACAAUGCCGAAAAAGCCGGAAAGCGCCAGGUGCUGAUCAGACCGAGCUCGAAGGUUAUUGUCAAGUUCCUGAGCGUUAUGCAAAAACACGGUUAUAUUGGCGAGUUUGAGGAAGUGGACGACCACCGAAGUGGCAAGAUCGUCAUCCAGCUCAAUGGCCGCCUCAACAAAACUGGUGUGAUUUCUCCACGGUACAACGUUCAACUUCGGGAUCUGGAAAAGUGGGUGGUGAAGCUGUUGCCAAGUCGACAAUUCGGUUACAUUGUCUUGACAACGAGUGCUGGCAUUAUGGACCACGAGGAGGCAAGAAGGAAACAUGUUGCUGGGAAGAUCAUUGGGUUCUUCUACUAG